AUACCCCCAGGACAGACAUCCCAUCAGCCGGGACGAAGGACACCCCGCGAUCCUCACCAGGAUCACAGCACAGGCCAUAAUGUCCUUAGACGCGCUUGCAUCAGGAGACAGCAACAGCCUGCUUCCCCCCGGGUUCAGGUUUCACCCCACAGACGAGGAACUCCUCUCCUUUUACUUACCGCGCAAAAUCGCUGACCAGCCCAUCCCGCUGAACGCGAUCAGCGACAUUGACAUGUACAAAUUCGAGCCCUGGGAGCUGCCAGGCCAGGCGAUGGUAUCCCUCGCCGGCAGCGACGAAUGGUUCUUCUUCACGUCGCGCGAUAGGAAAUACCUCAUGGGCACGCGCGCCAACCGCAUGACGUCGUGCGGCUACUGGAAGGCGACGGGGAAGGAUCGCCCCGUGAUCGCCUCGCGCGCGGGGGAGGGGAACGACGGGCCGGACAGCGUGGGGGAAACGCGUGGCAAAAGCGGGCGCAUUGUGGGGGUACAAGAAGGGGCACGUGUUCUACAAGGGCAGGGCGCCGCGCGGGGAGAAGACGGCGUGGGUGAUGCACGAGUACCGCCUCGUGGAGCCGUCUGAUGACCCGUCGCACGGCGCACCUACUAGUCGAGCCGAGGAACCUUCGCAUGGUGGUAGUACUAGCAACUCGACGGGCGGGAAAACAGCAGCAGCAGGACGCGGCGCGGGGAUGCCUUCGCCAUCGCAGCGGGAGACGCAGCAGCCGGAGCAGCAGCAGCAGCAGCAGCAGCAGCAGCAGCAGCAGCAGCAGGGAACGCCGACAUGGGUGGUGAUUCGGCUGUACAAACGCGACUCGAUCCCGUUUCAGGGCGACGCCGGGGCGAAGCGCAGCAAGCUGGGCGGGGCUGCGCGGCGUGCAGGCGCCGACGUCCGUGUCGCUGCCGUCGUCCCCGCACGAGUUCGAGUCCGUCACGCUGUCGUCGCUGCUCGACUCCGUCGAUGCCUCCGUUGAUGAGGGCGACGCGUCGGACGAUGUCGCUGCCGUGGAAAGUGACGCGAUUGUGGCGCAAAGGGCUGCUGCGUACACUAAGGUGGAUAUCGACAGUAGAAUCGUUGGGCGGGUUGCUAGCGCGAGCUCUGAGGUCGUUGCUGGACACAGAGGCGAAGGCGCAUAUGGGACGGAGGGGUCAAUAAUCUCUGAAGCGGGCUGUAAAGGGGGUGAUAAUGUCGGGAUGAUGAUCGACAAAAUCGCGGCAGGAAAGUUUUCUGUCAGUGAUAUUCGAUUUUGCUCGACGGGAGCGCGCAAUGCAGACGCGGAGUCAGAGCAGCAGAUCACCGCGAUUACUAGCGGCAGCGAGAAUCCGUUGACGUGGAAUGCGUCGGUGGCGAGAGCGCCAUCCGCGCACACCAUCGCAUCCCUGGAGGCGCUGCUGCUGAGCGAUGUCGAGCACCGGACACAGAGCCCCCGGCCGUGUUGAGCCAUGAUGCGAUGCAAUGGAAGCCGCACGAUAGCUCCCACCAAGUGCAUGACUACUCAUGGCCACGUGGACGGUCUUGAUGCGGACUGGUGGCCAGAGAGCACGCAUCAGCAUGGGGUAGCUGGAGUUCCUGGUGCUGGGUCAAAUUGCAGUGCUCUUCCUCCCCUCGCAGGGGCGCAGUCCCCUCCGCAGGACCUGCUAGAUAAGGCCGUCGCAGAGGCUCUGGGGGAAGUGCAGAGGCACAUUGACACAACCGUAACGCCAAACCUGCUCACGCCCUCCUUCUCACACCUUGCGCCACCACCUGCUUUCCUGUCCCUACCCUCCAUUGCCUUCCCAUCUACGACGUCCCUGCCGUCCGUGCCAUUUCGCCGCGUCUCAUGGACCGAUUCCUCAACCAAGAGAUUCACACCUUGGUGAGAACUAUCAUCAAGGUUUUGAUGAGUUGGGUGGUGUUGUGGCACUGGCAGCAGCAGCCGCUUCUACGGCUGCACCACAGCAGAGAGGGAGAGGAUCGUUAAAGCGAGACAGGGAGGGAAAGGUACUAGAAGAUGACUUGAAAGGCGGAAAAGGACGCAUCUGAAACAAAAAGGCCCAUGACAUGACAUAUAUGGGUUAUCUUUUUGUUUCAUUUUUUUCCCUCGUGGUUUCCACUUGUUUUUCCCUCCUUUUCCUUGCCAUUCAUUUGUUACAAUUGAGAUAUUACGUUAUGAUAUAACGUUGAGAUCGGUUAAGAGUGGUUAGUGUUGAAGCUGUGAGAUUAAAACGUGCGGCUAGCGUAGCUGCGUACGUUCAAGCUGUAAGAUGAAUAGCAGUUGCUGUUCGGUGGAUGUUAAGUCCGAGAAACUGUGUGACUGUAGGAGCGAUAGUAAUCUGUAGAUUCUCUUGGAGUUUCUGUUCGAAGAUAGUAACGAGAGAAUCCGUAGUGCUGAUAUCUAGCUAGCUUAGCUAGGAAGCUAGGAAAGGCAUGAGGUUUAGCUAGGAGGAGCCAUGGAGUGGUGUGAGGUUUAGGAAGGAGAAAAGUUGAGGAGAGAAAAGGGGGUUGGAAUAGAAAGAGAGAGGCAUA